AUACACAGAGAGAGAGAGAACACCACCAUGGUUUCUUUUUCAUCCUGCUCUCUUUCGACUUCAUCAUCGACGAAGAAGAAUUCAAUGAGGUUUCCCCAAAUUCAACAAACCGUUUUCAAGAAACCUUACUCUGCUUCCUCUUCUGCGAGAGCUACCAGCUUAAUCAAAAGACGAGAGACCGUCUUUAAGAAAGCUAACGAGCUUUCAAUUCUGUGUGGUAUCGAUGUUUGUGUCAUCUACUACGGACCAGAUGGAGAGCUGAAAACAUGGCCAAAAGAGAGGGAGAAGGUCACAGCCCUCGCUCUAAGAUACGGCGCAUUAAGUGAGAGGAAACGACGCAAAGGAAGGGUUGAUCUUUACGAGUUUCUCGACAAGAUCAAUAAGGAUGAUUCCAAGAAGAAGGAUAAGAAGAAGCAGAAGAAGGAGAAGCCAGUGAGACGUGUGGCGAAAGUCAAGUAUCCAGUUUGGGACCCUAGGUUUGAUAAUUACUCUGCGGAGCAACUCUCGGGACUUGUUCAGUCCUUGGAACGUAACCUAACCAGAAUCCAACAAAGGGUUCGCGCUGUUGUUGAAGGUCACGGACAGAGGAAGAUACAGUACUUGAACAUGGCUAGUCAAGGACCGAUGAUGCCUAGUACGAUGAAUCAAUACUUUCAACAACAACCAAACCAGCAUGUUUCCAUGUUUCUGUACAACCAUGGGAACGGGAAUGUCUCGCAAAUCCCAGUCUCUGCAUCAGCUUUGAACCAAGGGCAAUCUCUGGCUCCGGUUCCGCCUGAACUCCUGAUUUACCCGAAUCAGGAUGUGGGAAACUACUCGGGGUCUUUUGGGGCACAAGGAACUGGGAUCAAUGGGUCUCAGAACAUGAACAUGUUAACCUACAACAACAUCAACAGCUUCAAUGGUUUCUCAAAACAGAUUGACCAGAAUUCCAGAGUGGGAAGUUACUCUAGCUUACUCGAGGAUGGAAUCGAUGAGUUUGAGGACAGCCGCAACAACUUCAAUGCGGAAGACUAUUCAGGGUUUCUUGGGGCGCAAGGAACGGUGACUAACGGGAUGCAGAACAUGAACAUGCACGACAACAACAACAACAGCGUCAACGCUAAUGGUCAUUCGCAUCAGUUUGGUCAGUUUCAAACACAACAGCAGCACGGAGCAUUCAAUUGGGAUCAACCUGGAAGCAACUUUAGGUCUCUCUAUGACCUCCCACAACCUCUCCAAUAACUUCAUAUUUUUAUUUUUGGGUUUAUAAUUAUCUUUUACAUAACUAAGAAGCAUAUAUAAUUAAUUUUGGUUAGUGCAAUUAUCAGUUUUGAGACAUUAUUAUAUAUCUAUCUCUAUUAUGUCUGGUUUUUAAAAGUGU